AGACAUCGACUCCGCCCCCUCCCCCGGAAAUACAUCCGGGUCGUUUUAGAAUCUUUUAUUUCAUGUAGUUUACAGGGAAUAUAAGCAAAUAACGGUUUUAAAUGUGGUGUGUUUAUUCCACUACACACUUUUAAAUAAUAAUAUAACAACCCAAACGGAAUAUGGACAAUGGCGCCUCAAAGAAAUUGCAACCCAGGGAGCUGCCGCCUCUACCGCAGCGAGGACAAAGGGCUCUGCCCACUGUGCCAAGUGAGGACAUGGCUGAUGUGCCCAAACAGAAGAAGAAGAGAGUGAAAAAGGAAGUCAACGAAGCAGACGACACAGAUGAGCCGAUGGAAGGCCUUGGCAGCAGAAGGACUUCUGCAGUUGAAGAAAAUGUUUCCCUGGAAACAACGACCGAUGCUCCUCCUCAAAGGAAGAAGAAGAAGAAGAAGGUCUUGUCUCUAGAUCUUGAAGAGGACCAAACUGACCUGAUGAAUGGAGAUGCAGCAGAUCAGACCAAGAAGAAGAAAAAGAAGACGAAAGUUGUGGAAUCGUCACUUCCUGACGGACUGGAUGUCGAGGAAGAUGAUGUUGUCACAGACACGGCCUCACCUAUACCACAACAAUCCCUAUUCUCUGCCCCACAAGGACAGAGCCUGCCUGUCGGGAAGGUCUUUGUCGAGCGCAACAAGCGCUUCCAGGCAGCAGAGCGCUCAGACUGGAGGAAGACCAGCGACCAGAUGGAGAACAUCAACGACUUCCAGCUGAUGCAGCACCGCUGGACCACCAGAGAUGUUUCUAUCAGGGUGCACGAGGGGUUCAGGUUUUUCGCUCUGUACUGUCACGGCUUCCUUGCAGGGUUUGCGGUGUGGAACAUCGUGGUGGUGUACGUGUUGGCCGGCCAGCACCUCACCGCUCUCUACAACCUGCUGGAGCAGUACCACUACCUGGCUUACCCAGCCCAGUCUCUGCUCUACAUGCUGCUGGCCAUCAGCACGGUGGCUGCUUUUGACAGAGUCAACCUGGCCAAAGUCUCCAUGGCGGUGCAGGAGCUGAUCACACUGGACCCGGUGGCUAUCGCCUCGUUCUUGUAUUUCGCUGCGUUGGUUCUCUCCCUCAGCCAGCAGACGACCAGCGACCGCAUCAACCUCUACCACGCCUCCAACUCCACACUCUGGCCAGAAGGCUCGCAGCAUCAAAUACUCCACACUUGGGUGACGGUCAACCUGGUGGUGGCGCUGCUGGUGGGCGUGGCCUGGAUCUUCAUCACCGUGCGACCUGAAACGGACUAUACCGAAAGUUAUCUGGUUGCCAUGCAAAUUGAACCCCCAAAGAUGGACGACAAGUCAGAAAUGAGCACCUAAAGAAGGUUCUGUUGUCUUUUGGUACAUUCAGGAUAUUUUUUGCACUCUUGAUGGAAUGUAAUUGUGUUUGUCUUUUUAAUAUUAGUGUCUAUUCAAACUUUUGCAUUAAAGCUCUACACAUGUACAUACUGAUACAGUAUAUUAGUUAAUACACAACUGUGUCAUAACUAUACUGUCGACUGGCAAAUGGGCCACAAAUGUUGACAGUAGAAUGCAGUCUUGAAUAAAAUUGCUAAAAAAGCAAAUUAUGAACUAUAAACUCACCAAUCCGAUUGUGGGUGUUACCAAUGAUGUUGUCACGUUGUGUAAAUGGUAAAUAAAAAGAGAAUACAACAAAUCAUUUUCAACUUAAAUUCAAUUGAAUAGACUGCAAAGACAAGAUAUGUCAUGUUAGAACUGAGAAACUUAUUUUUUUUUGCAAAUAAUCAUCAACUUAGAAUGUAAUAGCAGCAACACAUUGCAAAAAAGGCAUUUUUACCAGUGUGUUACAUGACCUUUCCUUUUAACAACACUCCGUAAAGGUUUGGGAACUGAGGAGACACAUUUUUGAUGAGGAAUUCUUUCCCAUUCUUGCUUGAUGUACAGCUUAAGUUGUUCAACAGUCUCUCUUCGACUAUUUUAGCAUUCACACAUUUUCAAUAGGAGACAGGUCUGGACUACUAGCAGGCCAGUCUAGUACCUGCACUCUUUUGCCAUGAAGCCACGUUGUUGUAACACGUGGCUUGGCAUUGUCUUGCUGAAAUAAGCAGGGGCGUCCAUGGAUGAAAACAUAUGUUGCUCCAAAAGCUGUAUGUACCUUUCAGCAUUAAUGGUGCCUUCACAGAUGUGUAAGUUAGCCAUGCCUUGGCCACUAAUACACCCCCAUACCAUCACACAUGCUGACUUUUACACUUUGUGCCUAUUUUCCUCUUUGUUCCGGAGGACACGACGUCCACGGUUUCCAAAAACUAUUUGAAAUGUGGACUCGUCAGACCACAGAACACUUUUCCACUUUGCAUCAGUCCAUCUUAGAUUAGCUCGGGCCCAGCAAAAAUGGCGGUGUUUCUGGGUGUUGUUGAUAAAUGGCUUUGGCUUUGCAUAGUAGAGUUUUAACUUGCACUUACAGAUGUAGCGGCCAGCUGUAGUUACUGACAGUGGUUUUCUGAAGUGUUCCUGAGUGGUGAUAUCCUUUACACACUGAUGUUGUCUUUUGAUGCAGUGCCGCCUGAGGGAUUCAAGGUGUGUAUUAUCAUGGCUUACUCGGAGUGAUUCCUCCAGAUUCUCUGAAACUUUUGAUAAUAUUACGGAGCGUAGAUGGUGAAGUCACUGAAUUCCUUGCAAUAGCUGCUUGAGAAAUGUUGUUCUUAAACUGUCGGACAAUUGCCAGGGAUUUGUUGACAAAGUGGUGACACUCGCCCCGUCCUUGUUUGUGAAUGAGUGAGCAUUUCAUGGAAGCUGGUUUUAUCCCCAAUCAUGGAACCCACCUGUUCCCAAUUAGCCUGUUCACCUGUGGGAUGUUCCAAAUAAAUCUUUGAUGAGCAUUCCUCAACUUUCUCAGUCUUUUUUGCCACAUGUUCCAGCUUUUUGAAACAUGUUGCAGGCAUCAAACUCCAAAUGAGCUAAUAUUUGCAAAAAAUUACAGAUUACCAGUUUGAACAUGAAAUAUCUUGUCUUUGCAGUCUAUUCAAUUGGAUAUAAGUUGACAAGGAUUUGCAAAUCAUUGUAUUCUCUUUUUAUUCACACAACGUGACAACUUCACUGCUUACGGGGUUUUGUACAUGUAUUGUGAAACAUUGUCUACAAAACACAAUGAAAUACGAAUAGAAAUGUACAAAACUAAAAGAAAAAUCAGUUUUGGAUAAUUUUUGAUUGAUUGGUUGAAACUUUUAUUAUUAGAUUGCACAGUACAGUACAUAUUCCGUACAAUUGACCACUAAAUGAUAACACCCUAAUAGGUGUUUUAACUUCUUUAAGUCGGGGUCCACGUUAAUCAAUUCAUGGUAAAUCGGCAUUCAGAAACACAAAGUACCCAAUUUUCCUCACCUUUCCAGUGUGUGUAGUCUCUAAUUCUGUAGCGACCAUGCUACAGACUUUUGCUCAAUGUGUAAACAAUCGUGUGCUUUAACAGAAAAAAAAAAGAAAACACUUCUAAGAGCCGGGUGGUAUUGAGAACAAUCCAUUGUGAGCACUUUGCCGCGACUUCACUUAGCAUUCAAAAUGUUUGUGUCUGAAAGUGUGCUAACUGUGUUUGGAGUGCAGAUGUGCCAGCGUUGCCAGACAAUAGUUACCCUAGUUGUACUAUUUCUACAAUGAGAGUGCUAUCAGCAGGCAUGUGCACAGACAUGAUCGGAGGUAGGUCCUCAAGCCAAAAAAAUGCACUCACAUUCAUUGCAAAAAUGAAUCAUAAAAUUCCAUCCAUUUUCUACCGCUUGUCCCCUCUCUGGGUUGUCUCUUUUACUUCUCCAGACAUAGGGACACACAAACAUGCUUUUGACACCUAACGAAAAGUAAAACAUGUUCAUGUCAAAAUUGAAAAGACUCUUUUGUUUGCACAAAAUACAUCAGCCUAACCAAAAUGAGAGAAAUGUCCUUAGUUUGUUGCAAAAAGUGUCAGGCUUGGUCAAAAGAUAGGACUCAAAUGCACAGUAGGGUUUAAUUCGGCAGGCUUCUAUUUUGAAAGCUUCCUUUCACCUCUAGAGUCAGGGCAAUUCAAAUAGUCUAGAACUAAACUGGUCGGCGAAAAAGGUUCUAAAAAAAAAAAGGAACAACCAAAAAUCAGUCCGAAAGGAAGAAAACACAAAAACAAUAAGGAACUAUACUUGGUGCCGUUUAUUCUAUCAAACUUAUUCGAAAUAAAAAAGACUCCAACAGGAGGGAGAAACAAUGGCUGUGGAACUUCUACACUGUCUCUAAUAUAAUAAAAGUUAACAAAGAAUGUCACUCAAAAAAUUGAGGAAAAGAAAGAACU